AGCCAAAAUAUUAUAUAACAAGCUUGGCUAGCAUUGAUAAUGGUGAUGUCACGAAAGGGUUAAACAGCCUGAGCAGGUGAAGUUGCUGCUGCUGCUGCUGUCGGACCAUCUGCACCGAUGUCGAAAGGAGGAGCAGCCCUUCGGACCCGGAGCAACAGCGCAACCCGGGCAGCUUUGCCAGGGCGGGCGGCUGCGGGAGGCAACUCCUGCAUCACAGCUCUAGCCAGGCGGUGAAGUCACCUUAACGCGCUCAGUCUGCUGCUAUUCUGGCGAUCCCAGUCAAGGAGCUGGUGCUCUCCAACCCCACCCCUUUCCCCCCACUGCACCCACCCACACACUGACCAGGGAAGAGAACCACAUUCUGAUUGGCUGAAGGGAGAUGGAGAUGAUGGAAGCAGCCAAUGGGAAGAGAAAGCCCCCAGGAGCAGCCAAUGAGGUGCAAGCAGCUGGUGGAGGUGCUCAGACCCCAGGAGAAGGCCCCGGGGCCCUAGAGGAGCAGAAGGACAACCAGGGAGCAACCAAUAGGAAUAGAGAUGCCCUGGGAGUAGCCAAUGAGAGCACAGUGGCCCCAGAACCAACCAGUGAGGACAGAGCCAACCCCAAACCAAGCAACCAGACCCCAAUGACUUGGACCAGCCCAGAUGGGGCCUUCACCAAGCUGGUGUUGGAGGCUGGGCACGGCCUGGCACGGCCCACCCUGGGCUGCCGCUGCCAGGUGCUGCUGCAGGCACCACCAGGGACCUCCCUAAGCUACCCCACGGGGCACUGGGCUGAGAUCCAGCUGGGCCAUGGCCCCACAGCCUGGGAUGACUUGGUGGAUGCCUGCCUGGAGAGCAUGGCAGCGGGGGAGCGGGUGCAGCUGCAGGCACAGGCCGGGGGCACUGUGGAUGUCUCCCUGAGCUCCUUCCUGCCUGCACCUGAGCUCUGGGAGCUGCCACCUGGCACGCAGUGGGCCCUGGCCCUGGGCCAUAAGGCCCUGGGCACCGAGCGGUACCGCCAGGGCGAUGUGGGCACCGCUGCCCGCUGCUACACACGGGCCCUGCACCUGGCGGUAGCUGCAGGGCCCCAGGUCUGGAGCCCAGGCACCAAGGCUGAGCUCCAUGCCAACCUGGCAGCCUGCCAGCUGCGCCUGGGGCAGCCAGCCCAUGCCGCCCACAACAGUGCCAAGGCGCUGGCGCUCAGCCCCAGCCAUGCCAAGGCACGGUACCGGCAGGCUCUGGCCGCCGCCGCCCUCGGCGACCUAGAGGCCGCAGCCGAGGACCUACGGGCCCUGCUGGAGGCUGACCCAGGCAACACAGCCGCCCGCCGAGAGCUAGGCAGGGUGGUGCGGCGGACGCGGGAGCAGGAUGCUCACCUGGCCAAAGCCAUGAGCAAGCUAUUCCGGUGAUUCCUGGCGGGGCCCCGAUCCUGGCCUGAUUCAGAGACACUGCCUGAGGAUGGAGGCAGGGUGUGUUGCCUCCUAGGGGCCCUGAUCCUGGCCUGACUCACGGGCACUGGGUAGUGGUGGAGGUGGGGCCUGUGCCAUGCCAGAGGGCCACAAUCCUGGCCUGAUUCAGGGACACUUGCUGGAGAUAGAGGGAGGGGAUCUGUGUUCUCCAGAGCAUAGUUUCUCAACCUGUGGUUUGCAUACCCCUGGGGCACAGGCAGGGGGUACGCGGGUACCCCAACACUCUCUCUCUCUUGCCCUCUUUUCCUCUCUCGCCCUGUUUUCCUCUCAAAACUACAGCAAAAAAUUUGGUGGGCCAUGCAUUAAAAUUCCCUGGUAAUAAUUUGGUGUGUCGCGCUUUGCGUGGCAGUGGGUUCAGCCCUCCUAGCUUUGGGUAACAUCACCUCUAGCCCAGGUACACACUUGAGUUGUGCAUCCCUGGUGUAAAAGGUGGCCACCGUAUCCACACCAGAUCAGACAUCUGUCAUAUCACAGCCUUAUAGAGACAGCAUAUAGCACACAUUAGUCUAAAAUAUAAAAUCCCCUGGAAAAUUGAGUGUUGGGGUACUGAUUAAAUUUUUCAGAAGUAGGGGUACUUGAACUUGAAAGGUUGAGAAAUACUGCUCCAGAAGGCCCCAGUCCUGGGCGAAUCUGGGGGAGGAGAUGCAGAGGGCCUGCCUGAAAAUAAAGGACACUAAUUAA